GCAAUUUUAUAAUUUUGUUUUGUUAUAGUUUUGGGUAAUUUUCAUAUAAGUGUGAUGGCGCGCCAUGCUAAUAUUGCCACUCAAAGUCAAGCCUCUAGUAUUUGGGGCCAAACUCAGAGUCAACCCAUAGAGAAUAUAAUCUGGGGACGUUUGUAUGGAAAGAAUAUCAAAAUGAAUUCUAUAGAUCUAAAUGCCGAUGAAUUUGCAGCUGGCAGAGGUGAAACUUGUAAUUUAAUGUUAACUUUGGACUAUUUGCCAGAAAAAAUUCUUUAUCGCAUAUCGAAGAUACAUUUUACAUUGAAGCGGGAAAAUUGUGAUAUAUCUAAUCCAGUUUAUAUUGAAGACAACUCUCGAAAUGGGACAUUUAUUAAUGGUGAACGAAUUGGUAUGAACAAAACCAGAAUUUUGAAAAACGAUGAUGUUAUUUCUCUUUGUCAUCCUACGAACAAAGCUUUUGUAUUCAAAGAUUUAUGCCCAAACGAAGCACUAGGCUUACCAAAAGAAAUUACAUCCACUUAUUAUGUGAGUCGCAAAUUGGGUUCUGGUGCUUGUGGGUUAGUUCGUUUGGUAUUUGAUAUACGUUCAUGUGAGCAGUUUGCAAUGAAAAUGGUUAAGAAAAACCUACUAAGCGAAUGUAAUGCUAUCAGUCGUAACAAACAAUUAAAUUCCAAUGACCCUGAAAAGGUUCUUAAUGAAGCGAAUAUAAUGAAGAGUCUUUCUCAUCCCUGCGUUAUCAAGAUGCAUGAUAUAAUUGAUAAACCCGACUCUGUUUAUAUGGUGUUGGAAUUUAUGAAGGGGGGCGAUUUACUGAAUCGCAUUAUAACAAACAGAAAUCUCUCAGAACCGAUAUCCAAGUUAUUUUUCUACCAAAUGUGCCAUGCUGUUAAAUAUUUGCAUGAUAAAGGCAUAAGUCAUCGGGAUUUAAAACCUGACAAUGUAUUACUGGAAUCUUCGAACGAGGAAACUUUAUUAAAAGUUUCCGAUUUUGGUCUAAGUAAAUUUGUGCAGAAUGAUUCUGUCAUGAAAACGUUGUGUGGAACACCAUUAUAUGUAGCACCUGAAGUGCUACAAACCGGUGGACGAGGGGCUUAUACGAAAAAAGUGGAUAUCUGGAGCCUUGGUGUUGUUCUGUUUACUUGCCUAAGCGGUACAUUGCCUUUUUCGGACGAUUUUGGUACACCCGCUAGUGAACAAAUAAAGCACGGGCGUUUUCGCUUUAGUCAUCCUACGUGGAAAAAGGUUUCUCAACGUGCUGCUACACUUAUAAAAGAAAUGCUGAUUGUGGACCCUAAAAAACGGCCAACGGUUGAUGAUGUUCUGAAGAGCAGUUGGCUUAAAGACAAUGAAAUGUUACGUAAAGCUAAAGCGUUAAUGCAGUUAAAUGCAAUGGAUAUUGAUGAGGAAGAGGAAAACUUUUUACAACCACCUAAAAAGCGGGCAAGAAGAUGAAUUGUUAUGUUCUAACUAUUGUGUUUUAGGUAUAUUAUAUUUGUUUAAGCAAGUGUAUUUUAUGAACUGUUUUCAGUGUAAUCUGUGUAUCACAGAAUUAAUUACUUCUUAUAUUAUUGUCUAAGAAAAAUGUAUUUUAAUUUUAUUGUUUAAAAUAAGAUCAACGAAAAAUAAUGCUGUAUACGGCAAAUGAUA